AUGUUCAGGAUUUUGGGGCAAAACAAAUAUUUGCAAAUACAAGAAAGAAGAAAGCGCAACAAAUAACGUGCUCUCCAAACGUUCCAGAUCAUGUGGUGACAACGAAAGGUACAUGUGCUACAUACAGCAUUAAAUAAUUAACAGUUAUUUUGCGAACUCCAGUCGUAUAUAAUUUGACUUCAACUCUAACUCUUAAAUUCCCUACAUGGCCCCUUGAUCAUGGGAAACGUCCUCGCUUGAAUAAUUUUUUUCUAACCUCGUUAUUACGCCAUACUGUGUAAUAUUCGAAUUCCCUACAGAAAAAUAACACUCUUUUAAUACCUAGGCAUAAGACCAAUAGACUCGCUAAUCAGGACCGUAGCUAGGGGGGGGGGUAUUGGGCGGGGGGGUUAACCCCCCAACUUUUUUAGAAUUACCAUAUUCGGAAAAUCGGGUUGGCUAUUCUGAAAAUUACUGCAAUAAUAGUAUAACAAAAUUUUAGUUGUUAAACAGAGAAAAUAUAAUAUAAUUGUAUUGUCAGUAUAAACUGAAUUACGAAAUCAUAGCAUUUACAUGGAUAACAUCAUUAACAAAUCGUAAAUCGGUUUAUUACUUUUAACAAAUCGUAAAAAUGUUUUUCGGUUUUAAUAUUACUUCCAGGGCCGUAGCAACCGGGGGCUGCAGCCCUCCCAAUAAUUUGCUAAUAAUCAUUCUUUUUUUCAAAAUCAUGCAGCCCUUUAUCAUUUAAAUGGUAUACCUUUAAAAUACUGACAAUUGAUUAAUUUUAAGCGGCUAUAUUAUCCAUGACAAACUUCAAAGAAUCAUAUUACCCAUACUUUCCUGCAAUUUCUCCAAUAUAUAGUUAAUCAAAUACGCCUUCGCCCACUUAAUAGUACUACUAAAUUGAAAGCAAAUUGUAAAUUUCGACGUACUAGAGCGCUAUUUUCUGACCAUCAGAGUUCUGUCAAAACUUCCCCAAAGUCCAGGAAAUGGCAUUUCAGGGACUCUAAAUUUAAAAAUUUCCUCGCUUCCCUACGCCGCACUGCAUGCUUCUGUAAUAUGUCUGUGCGUAGAAUAUGCAUGCGUAUUUUUGUUUGUAAAUUGGUCUUCAUUUUCUGGAUAGAAAACACCUUCGUGGCUUUGCAUGCCAUGAAAUAUUCUGAAAUUUUUUUCAUCAUUCGGAAAUUUUUAGCCUACACCCCCCCCCCCCCAACUAAGAUGCUAGCUACGGCGCUGUCGCUAAUGCUUUAUUAUAGCCGGUAGUAAAGCUUACAACGCCAGUAUCUCUUACAGGUAAUGUACGCGAAGCGUUCCUUUCUUGACUUCCUAACUCAUUUGGAAUUUCCUCAUUAGCUUUGCAAAUUUGAAAAACUCUUUGUGCAAAUCCCUUGUAGAAAUUUGCAAUGUCUAUCUACUGUUGCAAUAUUCCAAUGCAAAAAAGAAACACUUUAUUUUAAAUUUUCCUAACAUUCUGUUUUAAUUUCCUGACUUCCUGUUUUGUUCUGUUCUGUCCUGUUCUGUUCUGAGCGUUGAUAUUGCUGGACAGAACAGGACAGGACAGGUCAGGACAGGACAGGACAGGAAAGGACAGGACAGAACAGAACAGAACAGAACAGAACAGAACAGAACAGAACAGAACAGAACAGAACAGAACAGAACAGAACAGAACAGAACAGAACAGAACAGAACAGAAUAGGAAGUUAGGAACUUGUAACAGGAAGUUCAGAACUUCUAACAGGAACUCAGUAAAAUUUAAUCGGAUUUUAGCAACAUUUCAAAUUCCCUCAAGGGAUUUGCAAGGGAGUUUUUUAAAUUGCAAGGUAAUGAAGAAAACUGCAAUCAAUUUAGAAACUCAAAAGAGGAAUGCUUGAUGUAGUUUACCUGUAACCUAAGUGUACUUUUUUAGUAUUUUAUAUAAUUAUAUGGUUCCUUUGUAGGGUUUGUAAAUAGUUUAGCGUGCGAAUACGUAUAUAUUCAGAUAUGUAGACCAAUGUAAUUCAGUUUUUAACUGCAUGCAAAUUAAUUUGGUAAUAAUGCUUUUCCUAAUUUCAAUAUAACUUAACAGACAACAACAUUGAAAUGCUGUACUGAAGUGUCAUAUCAAAUAGUAAUUUAUUGUUAUACACUGUGAAUCUAAUUUUGUGUCCAGGAAGUGUCGAAGACUAUCCGGAUGGUUUCGCCGUAAACCUAAACCUGCUGCUGAUGAUUAUUACGAAGACUGUUGUCAAGGAUGGACAGAUAAAGGCCCACUGGGAUGCCUAAAAAGUACGUGUUCCUAAUCUUGUUUUUGCGCCCGUGCGAGCAAAUUCAAAGGAGGGUCUCCCAGGAGUCCCAGGAGGGGAGUCGCUGUUCCCCUUUUUAUUUGAAGAGUUUCCCUUCGUUCUCUUCAGGUUCCCAAAAAACGAUUUCACUUUGAAGAAUGGUCUUCCCCAAAACACUUGGAAGACCCUCUUAAAUUACUGCACAAGUAACAAUUAUCGUCUUGGCUUUUAUCCGAAUGAACUGCAGGAAAAUAAAUGCAUGCACUAAUUCCUUAUAAGGUUUGCGGCAAUGAUAGUUUCAUGCCUUGGUUCAGUUUAUGAGUUAGGGUCAGCGGUUAGGGUGAGAUUUCUGGUCAAGUGUUAGCAUUAUAACUGACAUGUGAUGAAUCUAUGAUCGUUCCCAGUGUGAAGUUAAUUGCGGUAGUUCGGAAUGCAAGUGGAUUUUAAGCUGCUUAUAACUUCGUAUUGUAAAAUAAAUAGUUAAAUUACAUUAAUCAAUAAUCAUGCACCUUGGUGACUACGGAACUUGCACACCGAUUAUCAUGAAUUUAUUAGGUUUGGGAGAAUCACUGUAUUCUUGGGUUUCACUAAGGCAUUAUGCACGCAGUGAAUCUGACGGGGGGUCGACCUCAAAUGUAUUCAUGCUUUUGCUGUACUGGAGUGUGUUUUGUUUUACAGUUGACCCCCCGUCACUUCUGUGACGUCAUGAAACCCAAGAAUAUCAAUAGCGAGCUUAUAAGCAAGCGACGUUUUUGAGAACACAAGCGGCAUGAGUAACGUUAAAAGACUGGGUCAAGAAUUUUGAUUGGUUGAUAACGUCAAAUUUGCUUCCGGUAAACGUUCGUGUUGUCAAAAACGUCGCUUGCUUAAUUAAGCUCGCCAAUCUGUUUUACCGAAACCGUGGUAUUGAUGAAAACCAGAAUACCCGAAAAAUACCAACAACCGACUGAUAAGUCAUUCGCGGCAAAACCCAACUGGCUAUGUCAAAAAUAUGCUAUUAUCAGGACGACAUUUAAUUAAAAUUAAAUUUUGACAACAAACACGAAAAAUGCAGUAUUCUAGAAAUGUAUUAAUUAAUAAAAAGUUAGUAUUUUUGACCUUAGAACCUCGAUUGUCGACCCUCGACCUCGACUUUUUACUGAACCUGACAUGUAGUACAGCCAAAAUAUUUCCUCCAUUAAAUUGGCCCAAAGCUUUGUUUUUCUUUUUCGCAUUCACUCGAUUACAUUUAUCUACUAGAAGAUACAUGCAUACAGAAACCCCUCGCCUUGCUGACAAAACCAUUGUAUUUUCCGAACAUGAAGUAUUUAAAGUAGUUGUUAUGGUAACACGAUAAUUUAAGCAUAUUUUGCCAAAAGGAAAAAUCUCAUAAAAAUAUAACAACAACACAGAAAAAGUCAUGAUUAUUAGAUUGAUAUAGAUAUCGAAGGAACAAGACUCGAACCGUUAUGACCGCGCGUGGCUCAGUUGGCAGAGCAUUGGGCUAGUAUUCCAAAGGUCGUAGAUUCGAUUCCCACCGUGACAGGCAUAUUUUCCAAGCUUCAUGCCCGGUGUGGAUAUACACUCAGCGUAACAUCACAAACAUCAUAUUCAGCUGAGUACAUAAGGGAAGCCUCACAUAUCGAUUUCGUCCAUGAGAAACGUCAUAUGUUCGUUUCUCUGAAGACCCCCCCCCCCGCCCACCCACCCUUAGAAACGUCACACAUAGUUAUCGAUAUUUUGUUCAAUAUAGUACACAUAAGGUAAUUUUCUACUAUUUUCUACGGUCGGCUAUUGGCAACGCUUCCGUGAGGAAUAUGUCAUCUUCUGCUGACAAAUCGUUUUUUUAUUAAUAUAUAUUAAUAUAUAUGAACUUCAAAAUUUCCUUUUUUUGCAUGAAAUAUUGAUAAUUUUAGCGUUAUUUUCUUGAAAUUUUAAUUUAGUGUUUUCAAUGCAAGGAAGGCGUAAUAAUAUAAAUGUAUACCUGUAGAACAGGUAUGGUAUUAGGAAUGUAGGCCUAUAGACUGGUGUUUGUAUCAAGUUGUUUUCUUUUUUAUACUCUGCAAAGACGAUUUCGAAAUGUUAAGGCUUCCAUGAUAUUUACAGAGAAACGUCACAGCUGCCCCCCCCCCCACCCCCAAACGAACAUAUGACGUUUCUCGUGGAAAAAAUCGAUAUGCGAGGCUUCCCUAACACCAACACAGAAAAAACCAAUAUCACCUUUAAUUACAAAAUGAUGAUUUCCCAAACAUACAUAUGUUAGGUAUGUUAUUAUAUGUAAUAUAAGCUUCAAUUUAAGGUAAAAUUCAAUAACAAACGCUUCGCAAAAUGUUUUAAAAUGUUCUUUAUUAUAAAACUAAACUGCCUUUGUCGAUAAACUUUGCAAUUGGGUUUGAAACGAUAAACUUACCUUCGUUAACGUCGGCGCCUUUACUCCCUUCUUUUAGCAGUUCUUUCUCCUUUAUUUUAUCAAAAAGCUUUUGAAAUUCACAAAAUCUUGCAAAAAUAAAAUAUAUUUGCAAGAAAUCAUCAAAUCAACAAAUGUUUGCAAUAAGGCUAUAACCGUCAUUUAUUUAUAGUAAUACACUAAGCACUAUGUUUUUUUAUUUUUAUCCUUCAAGAAACAUGCAUUGCGUUGCCACAGAAAGUACCGCAACAGAUAGGGAAACGCCGGAUGUGUCCAGCUAAACGUCUUUUUAACCUGGUCGAACAAAAUAUUUUUUAUAAGCUAACCACGCCCCUUAGUGAACCGUUAAUAUAUCUUAACGAGACAACGAACCUCUUCGAAGCUGUACCUUUUCCAUUGUUGAAUCAACCAUCUAGCAAAGUGGUGCUACGCAGCGUUCUUUCCCCUACCCUCGAUGAGCAAGGAUGGGUGAUUCGAUAUCUUGGUAUGGCUCAACGAAACACGAAACUCGUGGAAAAAACAAUGGAACCUGAAAAUCUUCAACCAUUUACAAAGUAUUCAGACCACGGCCAGUUAUUAAAAAGUUACCGCGAGGAGCAAUCGAAACCUAUAAUUGCCUUUAAAAUCCCUGGAUUGGUAAGCAUGCUGUUUUUAGUAAUGUAUCUUAGGAUUGCGCCGUAGCCUGCAUAGCGACUCUCAGGGAAAGGAGAGCCUGCACGAGAUCUACUAUUUUACCAUUCCCGCCCACUUAGCCUGCCGGCUACGCCCACUUUCAACAGAUGUUAAAAUUGGCCAAUCACACCGAUUCAGUUUAUGUUUGCAAAUUUACUUGUCAAAAUGAAAUAAUAUAGAUUGCUUUACGUUUGCAAACAGUGUGACCAGGUUUGGUUUUACUUUUGGUAAAAUUUCGUGAAUUUUCAAGAAAAUUUGGUAAUGAGGUUUUUUUGGUAAAAUUUUGGUAAAAUCUGAGAGGUUUAAAUUAUUAAUAAUAAUUUAGGUAAAAAUGUGUGUUUCUUGUUUAAUAACAUGCUCAAAGUGAUGAACAGAACUGCCACGGCCUAAGAAAUAUAGCCUUAUAAGCAAAAACUGCAAUACGAUGAAAGCUGAUCAUGAACAAGUAUUUCGAGAUACUUUUUGUGCAUAUUUUUUCUAUAUUGAUGACGUAACUAUUGUGGGUUUUUUUGCAUUAUUAUGACGUAAUUAUUUGGGAAGCCGACAUUUGGUAACAUUUUUCUUAAUUUAGUAAAAUUUGAACAAACUUUUGGUAAUGACAGCUAAAAAAAUCUGGUAGUCACACUGUUUGCAAAUUUCAAAACUAAUAUACGGAUGUUGGCUAAAGAAAAUUGAAGUCUGUGGGAAUAGUGCUAGAGCAGUCUCCAUCGUCGUUACAAGUAGUUUGUAGUACUGUACGUGUGCGAGAGAGCUACGAAAUCUCGUGGAUACCGUACAAAUAUAAUUAGUUUCGACAACUAUCAACCGUGAUGUAUUAAAAUGUCAAAGACAAAGUUUCGAGCGAGCGAUGCAGGGAGGAGAAAGGUGUCUGAACCGUCACUCCAGAUAGAACAAGUCCUGUUCGUAACCAUUCACGGCAAUUCUCUCCUGGCACAAAAUUAUUAGCUACAAAAUCUUCAAGAAAAAAUCUAUUUGUCGUCGAUGCCAACGAACACGCUCGUGAAAGAGACUCGGCUAAUAGACAACAAUCCAACGAAGAAACCACAGCCACUAUCUCUAGAGCUUCAUGAGCAAAGCUCGUAAAUACCUUUUAAUUUUUGUUCAUUCUUAAAUGUAAAUCGUGGCCUUUACAACUCUUUUGAAUGCAAAACUAAAGAAAUACCUCUCAACUGCAUCCGCCGUGUUUUUUCACAAUCAAGCUUUCAAUCAAUGAUUAUUUUGGCAUAAAUUAGCAUGUUUUUCUUUUUGAACCAAUCAGAUUUCUCGUUCUCUGGGAGAACGAGUAAAAACGGCAAGGCAUGGGGUUUCGUGCAGGCUCUCCUUUCUCUGAGAGCUUUUAUGCAGUCUAGAUUGCGCCGCUAUCAUCAUUACAAAGCUAUGCAUGCAUAUGCCAUAUGAACUUUGAAAUGAUUUCAUUUCGAUAUAUACAUAUGGUAUGUAGAUCUUUUUUAACUACAUGCAUAACACCAGGAGGGCAAUCCUCCCUCCAGGAAUUAAAUUGGCACCCAGACCCCCAGUCACAAUGAUAGUCACAAUGGAAAAAUUGACCGACUUGUUUUCUAUAAACACAAAUUAAGGAAAAUUUUAAUCUUUAAGCUAGUAACUGUCUAACUGAAUGUGUUAAAUGGCCACAAAAUAUUUCAUAACCGUAAUUUUUAGUAAGCAAUUUUCGAAGUAAUUUAGAUAGUAGAAAAGAUUCCAAUAUUGAUCUUAUAGUUAUGAAUCAUUUGGACUGAUUUGUUUACUUGAAAGAUACCCUCAUCCACAGAUUAUUUUGCAGCUUGUUGUUGUGUAUAACAAACAGGAAAAGGUGACAACAAAAUGUAGAUUUGGUAACUCAAAAUCCUAAAAAUAGGAAUUCAAAUUGAUGUAUAUUCACUAAAUAUUCAGCGAGCCCCAUAUAGAUCUGGAGUGGGAACUCGAGUCCAAAAUGUAAAGCCAAAGAUGGAGUUAUUGUCCCUUGCCCUCGGCAUUCUUUCAUCUGCGUGGUCUGCAAGGAGUGUGCCGAAAUUUUGUAUUAUGACUUCGAUUUAAAGAAUAAUACUAUGUCUAUGGUUUUAUGAACUGAUAACUUGAUCAGCAAUGCGAUCGGUUACACAAACUGAAAUCAUAGCCGGGGAAAAUGGUACUAAAAUGGUUUACAAAUAGGUAUUACAGUAAUACACGUCAAUAGACCUUAUGCAUAAUGACGUCACAAGGUUUGAUGCCCGCGAGGAAUGCUGGUCUUAGUAGUCAUCGCCCGGGAAAAUUUAACACUUCAAAAUGGCCACUAUCGAAAUUUUCCCGGGCGAUGACUACUAAGACCAGCAUUCCUCGCGAGCAUCAAGCCUUGUGACGUCAUUAUGCAUAAGGUCUAUUCCGCCCUGUUUCAAAUUUAAUUUUCAAACUUUUUUCAAUGUUAGUUCCUCAAACAUUUUCACAUGCAUAUUUCUGAACGUUUUUCAAAAUCAAAUCUUCCACAUUUUCAAACUUUUUUCAAACAUUUUUAAAAAUAAAUCUGAACAUGUGGUUCGUUCGUUCGUUUGCGAUAGUUGAUAAAUUGGUAAAAUCAUAUUCGCCGUAUUUUUCUUUCUUCGAAUUUAUUCAACAAUUUAUUUUACAGGAACAAACAUUUAACCUUAUACCCAUGGCAAAAUACAUGAAGUAUCCCUCACAAGAAUUACCUUUUAAAGAUAUCAUUCACCAAGAAGCCUGGCAAAGUGACGAUGUGUUUACGCAGCAACGCCUGGCAGGUUUAAAUCCAAUGUCUUUGAGAAAAAUGACGAUAGAAGGUGAGGACAAUAUUAUGCAUUUAUGGAUAGAAUGUAAUUAAAAUGAAAAAUCAUUUUUAUCAAUAAAUACUUUCAAACCAAUUUCAAACAAAUGUAAGUGAUACAAGUGUUAUUACUAAUGAACGACGUGUCGAAGCCGUCAUACAAAGGUUCAAUUAGUAUAAGAGAAAUCUUUAAAUUAUUUAUGAUGAGUAUUAUUCAUACGUGAUCAUGAUUUAUUCAUUUCUAUUAUAGUACUGAAAAUGAAAAUGAAAUUUUGCAUGAUGCCUGAUGGCUUCGACACGUCGUUCAUUAACAAUAACAUUUAUAUCGCUUCAUAUUUGUCUCAAAAUCAAAAAAAAGAACAAUUGUGAAAUUUUAACUAUGUACACUAUAAAGGAUGAUUUGGAAAACUUGUUGAUAUUUCAGAUUUUAAUCAAGAUUUCGUGAACAGAACCUACGAUUGGGACGCGGCAAUGCAACGAGCAUUGGGGAAAAAGUCUACAUUUUCUGAGGUAAACAAGGAAAAAAAAGACACAUGCACUAGCUAACUACAGUGAUAUACCAUCAACGAUCCAUACUACAAUCAUGCAAAUUAGCAUCCGUGCUAAACGCUUAAAUUAAGAUCUAUUUGAUUUUCUAAUUAUAAUUUAUAGCGAAAUUCAGUCGUGUUACUUGUAUAGCAUAACAAAUAAUGAGCAGUUGACAAUUAGUCGAACUCUCAUUAAAAGAUAGUGCACGAAGCAACUCGUUUCGCCAUUCCUUUACUGAUCAGUUACAUUGAGUCCAGCGAGCGCGCUGGCCAACCACAAUCACAAAUUCAUACAUCAGUUUACAUCCUUCCUUGGAAAAAGUGUUGACCGCUCUACAUCGGCAAUUCUGUGCAAUACUAUCCAUCUCUGACUUGAACAAUUGCCAAUUUUAUAAGCAUUCACUAUUGCUUAAUUUGGCGAAAAUACAAUACCACAUGACGAGGAAUAAGCACUAAACCAUAAUUAUUUUGGCAUAAACGUCGACCAUUCACAUUGAUCAUGAAUUGUAUUGUACAUGAGUUGAGUCGCCAACGAACUAUUAUUGUAUGGGAAAGUAAUCUUUAUGCUUCCAUUUCAAGUAACGAUGUAUUAACCGUUUUUUCUUUCUUUGUUCAGAUGGUCAAUUCAGGGAAAGUAUUCAUACUCGACUACCAAUUGCUUCAUGGUAUUGAUACCCUUGAGGACUACACGGAACGGAACACUACAGACAGGCGAGAAAUGAGGGGAUCACGAAGUCCGUUCUGUACGUUUGUUGUAGUCAACGUGGGAGGUGUUAAGAAAUUGAAACCAGUCGCGAUUCAGACGGACUUAUUUUCAGG